AUGGCCACCUCCAAAGCCCCAAUCUCCUGCCACGUCCUCGACACCGUGAUCGGCCGCCCCGGCGCCUCUAUAAAAGUGACGCUAUCCUGUCUCUCAGCGCCCAACAAGCAAUUCGGAUCCAUUCCCCACACCUUCACCGGGGUCACCAACUCCGACGGCCGCAUCGCGGAGUGGGAGAACAAGUUCGGCGUCGAGGUCUGGUCGGUCGUCAAUGAGGGCAGCGAUGAGGAUGACAAGAAUGGCACGACGGUGUGGAGUCUGAAGUUUGAUACUGAGGGGUAUUAUGGCGAGGGGAAGACGUUUUGGCCGUAUGUUGAGUUGACGUUUAGGGUCCAGAAGGGGGAGCACUAUCAUAGGCUAUGGCGGUUCAGCUAUAUGGGCCUCAAUGGCGAGGAGCGUUGCAAGGAGAUUCCUGUUCUUGAACCAACGGUUGAAGCACUAGUGGAGGAAGAACCCUUGCCUGGAAAUUUCCUGUCUCAUCUGGCAAUGGGCCAUGAGAGCAGAGAUGCCGAUUGGCGUCAACUGUCAAGGUUGAGGCCAGAAGAUUUGAAGGGAAAGAUUCCGAAUUGAUUUAUCAAAUACCUCUUUACCUCUUCGCAAUAUGACACCCGAUAAUAUAUGAAAAACAGGAGUGAGAUAAGUCAUAAAUGAAGGUGGAGGUGGAAAGUGAACGCCGGCCUGGGAGGUUGGUUUUGUGAAACCUCGUCGUCGAGCCAACAAGGUGGGGAAAGCCCAGAGAACUUCUUCUUCGAACACCAUUGUAAACAACUUCCGCAAAUCCA